AUGGAAGCUGUCUCAUUCAGAUGCCUGUUUCUAUUAUUUCUCUUCACUUGUUGGCUGUCCCCAGAAGUUGUUGCAGAAGCCCAGGAAUCCUCAGAUGUUUCCAGUACUUCCCAGGAACCUGUGAGGCUCACAGAUGUCCCAGCUACUAUGGAACUUAUUGCUGGUGCUGAGGUGACUGCCAUAGGCUUCUUCCAGGAUUUAGAAAUACCAGCAGUACCCAUAUUCCACAGCAUGGUGCAAAAAUUCCAAGAUGUAUCCUUUGGAAUCAGCACUGAUCCCGAGGUCCUGUCCCACUACAAUAUCACUGGGAACACCAUUGUCCUCUUUCGUGUGGUGGAUAACGAACAACUGUACUUGGCAAGUGAAGAACUUCAAAACAUUGAUGAUGCCAAAUUAAGCCGUUUCAUUGAGAUCCACAGCCUCCACUUGGUGACAGAGUACAACCCUAUGAGUGUGAUUGGCCUAUUUAAUAGCAUGGUUCAGAUUCACCUUCUGCUCAUUAUGAAUAAAGCCUCCCCACAGUAUGAAGAGAGUGUGAACAGAUACCGGGAGGCAGCUAAGCUCUUCCAGAGGAAGAUUCUUUUUGUUCUGGUGGACAGUAGUAAGAAGGAAAAUGCAAAGGUGAUAGCAUUUUUCAAACUAAAGGAGUCUCAACUACCUGCGCUGGCAAUUUACCAAACUGUGGAUGAAGAGUGGGACAUGUUACCCCUUGAGGAUGUUUCUGUUGAACAUGUGCAAAGUUUUUGUGAUGGAUUUCUAGCAGGGAAGUUGUUGAGAGAAAAUACCGAGUCAGAAGGAAAGGCUCCAAAGAUGGAACUCUGAUUUCCCCCUGAUAUCUCUGACUACUACCCUGUAUCUACUGCAUGCUGAGUACAAAGGGCAACUCAAAUAUCACAGAUGCUAAGUAACAGGACCAUCAG